GGUUAUCGGACAUCGUACAACAAAAUAUAAAAUAUGACAGAAACAUGAUUGUUGUCUGUGUUAUCAGUUGCAACCAUAAAGCGGAGGCUGGACCGCGUUUUUUCUGGAUUAUUGAUUGGCUUGGUUUUAGUUGUCAAAGAGCAUUACAAAACUAAAGACGUUGGAGGAGAACUUCUGAACAAAAUGUUGAAAACAAUAUUUCGCCAGUUUUCAUCUUCGGCAGGGACAAAAACAAAACUGGGUAUUUUGGGUGUACCCUUUAGUAAGGGCCAAAGCAAGGGUGGCGUGGAACAGGCACCCGACUUUCUAAGGCAAAAUGGUUUGGUAUCCAUGCUGCUGGAGUCCUCAAGAGGAAAUUUAUCGAUUACCGAUUAUGGCAACUUAAGCUACGAAUUGAUCGAUGAUCAAAACACACCGCCACACUAUAAAAACAUGAAAAAUUACAAUACAUUUAUGAGCUGCAAUAAAUCCCUGAUUGCCAAAAUCCCCGAAAUACUCAAGCAACAAGAUCAGUUCUUGUGUCUGGGCGGUGAUCAUGCCAUUGGUUUUGGUUCAGUGGCCGGCCAUUUAAUGCAUAGUCCAAAUCUAUCCUUGGUCUGGGUAGAUGCCCAUGCCGAUAUUAAUCUGCAUUCCACCAGCAAUUCGGGCAACAUUCACGGUAUGCCGGUAUCAUUUUUGCUGGAAGAAUUAAGAGACUUUUGGAAACAUGCCCAUUUGGAUGAUAUAUCACCAAAUUGCUUGCGUGCCGAUCAGUUGGUAUACAUUGGUCUACGGGACAUUGACCCAUACGAGGCGUAUAUUCUGAAUAAAUUGGGAAUACGAGCAUAUGCCAUGGAUUCCAUCGAUAAAUUUGGCAUAUCGAAAAUUAUGGAAAUGACCUUGGAUGCCCUGGAUGUGAAGAAUAAAAUCCACAUCAGUUUUGAUAUUGAUGCUUUGGAUAGUAGAAUUGCUCCCAGUACUGGAACAGCUGUCUAUGGUGGCAUGUCGUUGCGUGAAGGCAUCUAUGUCGUUGAAACACUGUGUGAUACAAAGCGAGUACAAGGUUUUGAUUUGGUCGAAGUAAAUCCCAGUCUGGGCACUCAGGCCGAUGUUAACAACACAUUAUCGGCUUCUAUGGAAAUUUUGAAAAUCGCUUGCGGUGGCUACCGGCGUAGGGGGACAUAUGAGCAAGUAGAUGGAAGUUUGUUAAAGAAUGAAUGAUAAUAAAGUGACCAUCAAAAAUUUAAUAUUUAUA